AUGGGUGACAUUGAAACGGAUUUCAUGAAAAAGUUCCACAAUAGUGCAUUGUCUUUGGGUGCAAAAUUUGAAUAUUGUGAGCUAAUAGAUGGUACUCGCUUGUCCGAAUUGCAAAAAGAUGCGUACUCAAAUGAAACGUUGUGUUACAGUGUUCAUUCACACAAACUUCGGUUUCGACUUUUACAGUUUGACGGGUGGUUUUUCUGUCUUGGCAGUAAUUUGCAGCUAGAUCGAGCUGCAUCAUCCGUGUUCGAUCGCAAGUCGUUUGACGAUGGACUUUGGGAUAUAAGUGAUUUGUUUUCACGGCUCACAGAGACAGGGUUAAACGUUGAAUCGUCAACUGUCACUAGCAGCGUCCGGGCACGUAGCACAACUUCUGCCGCACCACACGCAAACAUAAAUGAUGGGGAGCGACAUACUCCAUCGUCGACUUCGCCAUUUUCCAGCGGUAUUCGUGUUGGAGACGACCCUUCUUUGCGCUUUGGUUUGCCUCCCGGUGGAACUCGUUCUUCACGGUUCCCUGCUAUAGGAAGUGAUGAUUUAAAUCCUGCCGGAACAAACGCACACACACCUUCUAAUGAUGGGGGAAUGUUCCCCACUGCAGCUCAUCCCAUCUUCCAAGGGCCGAUUAUUGGAGACCCUGUGUUAAUGGGAGGUGAGAGAAAUCCGAUAAACGGACAGUUCCACCCAUCACCAGGUCUUGUUCGACCUCCUGGUGCACGUUAUGACCCGACAGGUCCUAACGACCCGUUUGCUUCAGGAACCGACGAAAGACACCGUCGGGACCCUCCUCGACGAAACAUGCGACUGCCAGGAGAACCUGAUAAUGACGAGCUGAUGCCUCCCGGAGCCGACAGCAUGUUCUUUUAG